UCCGGAAAUGACGUAAUAAACGCGCAUGCGCGCUUUGUAAACGACAGCCCUCUGGGUAAUGUAGGCUAGUUGCUUUCGCUUGUCUUGACUUUUGACGAUAAUAACUCGAGUGUUGUUAUCGCAUUACUUGUCAUGGAAAAAGGAAGACGAGGAGAUGGCUGUUUUUUCUUUGACCAAAGCGGUAGAGGAGGUCAGCCACCAAGGCUAUGCCAAUAUGGCGGCCCUGCAGGAGAAACUAGACCAGCUCAGCUCUCUUCAGGCUGUUCUGCACGAUGCCGAUACGCGCAGCGAGCGCUCCGCCCUGGAGCUACGAGCUGCCACACGUCGGACCCUCAUCCUGGACGAGGACCUCCACCAGUGCCAGCGGCGCUCCGAGGCACUGUGGUCGCGCUGCAGUACCGCAAACAGCCACACGUCGGCGCUGCGGCUCCGUGUGGACGAGGAACGGGAGCGCGCCCGCUCAGCGCUAGCCGGGUUUGACGUGCAUCGCGUGAAGAUGAAGGAGCACCGGGCGGCGGUGGCGCUCGCCGAGAGCAAGCGAGAGAGCCACCAGGCGCUGGAGGAGCAGAGGAGGAGGGUCAGGGAGCUGAGGGAGAAGAGGGAGAAGCAGAGGAGAGACCUGGAGGACCCCAACGGGAGGGCCGUGCAGGAGGCCAAGACGGGGCAGGACCAACUGAAGCAGCAGUUGGUUGCUCUGAGGAAGGCCACCGCCCAGAAGAGGGAGGAGCUCCGGCAGGAGAACGACGCCCACGCCCAAAUGAGGAAAGAGAUAAAGAUCCAACACAGACGGUACGAGGCCAUUGUGAGACGUCUCCACUGUCAGCUGAACAAGGCUCAGGCCUACUACAGACACCUUUCCGGAGACGUCAAUCACAUGGAGAGGCAGGUGUUGGAUCUCCGGAGACAGCUGAACUCAUCCUGAUUCCACCAGGACUGCUCGGGUCAGAGGUCAAAGGUCAGGAGAAAGCUGCUUCGGAUUAGGAUCAAAACUGGGAAUGAGGGUUUGGGAGCGUCAUCGUUGUCGUGUCCCUCCUUUGGCCAGCAGGGGUCAGCAGUGGCCUUCUGGUUCUGAGUUUACACGUUGUUUGGUUUGUUUUGAGUCGUUCCUUUGCUGGUUCUGAGUUCUGCGUUUUUCACAAGGAUAUUCCUCCAAUUUCUAAGGUUGCAUUAUUAUUAUUAUUAUUAUAAAUUAUGCAUUAUAUUAUCAACUUAGCGUAAAUGGUGUUAUUCAUUUCAGCACAAAUAAAGAAUAUAUUUUAUUAACACCAUGUUAAUAAUAAUAACAUAAUAAUAAUGUAUAUAAUACAUAUAAUAAUAUAAACUGUAUCAUAAUUUUGUGAAACACUCAGCAGCAGGUUUUUGUUACCAAUUUGUUACCAGUUUGAUUUUCUUAUAAUGAAAAUAUAUUUUAAAAUGAAAUUGUAAAGCUUUAUUUUGUUCAAUCCUUUAAAACCAUUCAAAACGGGUGGUGGUGGUGAGCCAGCCGUGUUUAUCUGGCACACAGUGUUCCCGCUUCUGCUCCGCCGGGCAACAGCUGACGCGAUAAGAGCCGACAGCUUCUUGGGCGAUAAUCGAGGGGGAGGGACUAGUGAGGGGGCGGGACUCCCAAGCACAAUCUGCCACGACCGAGAAAAGUUUAAAAAUGACAGAAAAGAAAUCUGACAAAUUAUUGAGGUUGAUUUCAACUAAGAAAAUUGAAAAAAGAACGAAUCGAUGAAAGACAUAUGAGAAGAUGAUUAAAAAGAUUGCAUGGAAGACAUUUUAAUAAAAUAAUGUUUAAAAUCAAAUUAAAGUUAAGUAGAAAGUGUAGGUGAACUUAAACAUGUAUAACCUUGAUUUAAAUGUAGUCAGGGUUGGAGCAAGUCUGAGUAAAACUCAUUGUAACACACUAGCUGUGAUACAUUCAGUAAUACACACAAGUCUGCGCGCACUGCUUACAAACACACACUGAAAUACACACUUGGGCAUACAUAGAAAUAGGCCAACACACAAACGCACAAAUGGACAUACACAAACACACGGACACACAAACCUAUUGUUCAGUACCACACAGCAGUGGCGUCACAAGGCUGUUUAUUUCGAGGCUAAAGGUCUGGAUAUUAUUUUUAUAGCCCAGAAGCUUAUUUUAAAAUUAUUAAUUUUUUGCUUGCUUUACACUAGAAAUAAACAUGGGGAUUCCAGCGGCAUCUCAAAAUAAAGUAGCCUAGUCUUUCUAGAUAGUCCUUCUGUCAAGAGAAUAAACGGUUUAAAAACAUAACCAGACGGUUUACCACCUCAAGUGAAUUAACCUAUCCUAUCCCCAGUCAUAUGUAUAUGUGUAUAUAUAUAUAUAUAUAUAUAAAUAUAUUGUUACGACCCACCCCGUUGGUGUCCAGGGGGAAGGGGGGGGCAACAAUUAAUAUUAAACCGGGUGUUUAAAGAACGGAAGAGAGUAGCAAGAUUUAAACCAAUAUACCAUUUAUUGCAUGAAUGAGUCCUAUGUUAACACAGAAACAACCAAUAACACUAUCCCUCCACUGAGGGAGCAACCAAUAACACUAUCCCUCCACUGAGGGAGCAAUGCCACGACGAAGAGCCCACGUAGCUCUGACUCGCGACCGUCAGCGACCCCAACUCUGUUCGCCUAUCUGGCCCACUGGCCACGUCUGCUUUCAUCCCUGCAGCUUUAUAGCAAUCCACCUGAUUGCUGAUAUAUAUAUAUAUAUAUAU